AUGGAUAAGUUUAAAAAAUGCAGAAAAAGAAAUUUUAGAAGCUUGAAGAAAAAUAGAUUUAUUAAAAAAAAUGAUAAAGCAAAAGAAAAAAUUAAUAGUUCGCAGAAUGAUUUCAUUACAAAUAUAAUUAUAAAAUACCUGAAUAAUAAGAAAAUUAAAAAAAAAAACAAUGUGGAAGAUACAAAUGAAUUUAUUACAGAAAAUGUGACUGAAAAUUUGAAAGAAAAGCUAUUUAUGGGAAAGAAGAUUGUAGAAACCGAUUUAAUUAAUAAUUGUUUAAUUUAUGAUAAAAAUGAAACACUAAAAAGAAUUAGUUAUAAAAUUUUAUAUAAUGUUAUGAAGACAUGCAUUGAUCAUGAAAAUGUAUUAAUGAAAGUAGAAGAAUUAGGUUUUACAGCUGAAAAUAUAAGAGACAAAAAUGAUGAGACUAUAAAUAUUUGUUCAAAAUAUAAAAUUGACAUUUUUUUUAAUUAUAUAUAUAAAAAUUUAAAAGUUAUAAAAACUACAAAAAAUUUUGACCUUUUAUAUAAAUUAAUGAAUGUUAUAAAAUCAAUUAUAAUUAUUAUUCCAUAUAUAUAUAAAAUAAAAUUUCUGUUUUAUUUUUGUUCAAUCUUCAAUAUAUAUCAAAAGCAUUAUGAAGAUAAAAAUAAUAAACCGUUGGAAAAUAUAAAUACGAAUGAUAGAAACCACUCUAUUAUUUUAAAUGUAAGUGAAGAUGAAUUUUUGAACUUAUUUUUGGAUUUAAUUAACGACUUGAUUAAUUUAAAGGAUAAUUACAAUAAUUAUGAUGAUAAUUAUUAUAUAUUUAAUUAUUUUAUUUUACGUUGGAUAUUAGUUUAUUUUAAAAAUAAAUUCAAUUUUUUUUCAAAAAAAAAAAUAUCUUCGUUAAUUAAAUCAAAAUAUAUCAUUUUAUUAUUUAGCAUACUAAAACAUUUGCAUGAAAGCACAAAUUUUAAUUUAGAAAAGAGUGAUGAAAGAAAAGAAAAUUUAUAUAUUAAUGUUAUUAAAGAAACAGAACAAGAAUUAUGUAAAAUAGAAAAUUUAAGGGAAGAAAAAAAUAAUUUAUAUGAUAAUGAAGAUUUUCGUUUUACUGAAAGAAAUUUUUUGGAUAAUUUGUGUAUUAAUCAAAAUAUAAAAAUUGAAAAAAUAAAAAAAAAAAAGGAUUCAAUAAAAAAAAUGAUAGAAAAUUUUUAUCAUCAAGUGGAUAUGAAUAUAGAAAAAAGCAUGAAAGAAGUGAAAGACACUAUGAAUACUUUAACUCAAAAUAUAUUCAUAACAAUUUUUAAUUUAUUUCAUCAUUGCCAUAUUUUAUAUAAGCAUGUGGUUUUAUUAUAUUUCUCAUUUCAUUUUUUAAAAUUAUCAAAAUUCGAUUAUUCAUACUUUAUAAUUUUCAAUUCAUUUCAAUUUUUAAAUAAAUUAUUAACAGUUCAUAAUUUUUUAAUUCAUUCAUUAAUAUUUUUGGCUAUUCAAGAAGUUCUGACACUUUAUGAAAAUGUAAUUAUUCAUUUAUAUAAAGAAAAAAACGAUUUAAGUGAAGAAUUUUAUCAAUUUUUUGAUAAGUUUAAUAAUAAACAUAAAAAUUUAUAUACCAAUAUUAUAACAAGAGUGUGGAAUUUGUAUAUGCUAAUAAUUUCUGAUGAGUAUAAAAAAAGAGAAAGAAGCAAUUUUGAUGAAAAAAAAUACCAAAAUAUUAACGCAAUAAAAGAACAAACGAAUACAACUAAUACCAAUAAAUUGACAUCUGUAAUAAAAAUUAAUACUUUAGAAUUUUCAAAUGAAUAUAAAGAAUUUUUACUGAAUAAUAUAGAUGAAAAUUAUAAAAAUAAUUUAACUAAUUGCUUAACUAAGUCUUUUCGAGUUUUAGGUUUAGAUUUUUUCUUGGAAGAAUAUUUUUUUUUUUGUAGUAAAGAAUUAUUAUCAGAAGAUAUAUUCAUUUUAAAUAGAAUUUUUAAGGAUUCCAACAAAACAUAUUAUGGUGGUAAUUUUAAAUUUUUAAUGAAUUUUUGUUAUCCAUUAUUGAUAUUCUAUAUUGAUUUAUAUGAAAAAGAAGAGUUGGCUUUAAAAAAAAAACAAUUUUUAACAUAUAUUAAAAAUUUAUUAAUUCAUUUUUCAUGUUCUUUAAAUGAUUGUAUAAAUUUAUACUAUUUCUUAUCUACUAAUAUUGAAGAUUUAUAUGUAUUAGUUACAAAAUUCGUUAACUGUAAUGAUUUUAAUUUAUUGCCACUUUUUAUUAAUUUUUUUGAAAGAUUUUAUUUAUCUACCAUGAAAAUAAAGGAGAAACAUAAUUUCUUGCCAUAUUUUUCAAGAAAUAAAAUGAAGGAUAUAAAAUGUAAAUAUACAAAUAUAAAUUUAAAAAAAAAUUGUUUUUUUUUAGAACAAAUAACAGAUAAUUUAUUAAAAAUAUUGCUGCCAAGAUUUAUUUCCAUUCUAUCAAUUAAUUUUGAAAAAAAAUUUUUAUUUAAUAAAGAAAAAGAUAGCAUUGAGGAUACACAUAUGGCUGUUGAAAAUUUUUCAAAUCUCAUACAUUUAUGCUUGCAUUUUUCAUCAAAUACAAAUUUUAAUGAGAUUUUAAUUAUAGUAGAACAACUUAUAUCAAGAAAUGAAAUUGAAAAUGAAAUAUUUGCAUUAAUUAGCAUUUUGACUGUCCUGAAAAUUUUUAUUCCUUUUUUUUCAUUUGAUCAAAUCAAUAAGGCCUCAUUUUAUUAUAUAAAAUUACUUCAAUCAGUAAACAUUCUUUUGAAUAAUAAACUUUCUAAUUUUAGCCUUAUAAAUAGAGAAGAGAAUUUAAGUAGAAUAAAUAAUAAUCAAAUUAAAAGUUGUAAUCAAACAAAAACAAGCCAAACGAAUAAUGAAAAUGAUAUAAAUUAUAAUAUAAAUAAUUUGAAUCAGUUAAAUAUUGAUAAUGUGAAUAAAUCGAAUAAUAUAAAUAGUGACAUAAAUGAUACUAACCAAUUAAAUAAUAAUAACACAAAUACUUUAAAUAAUUUAAAUUGUAACGUAAAUUACUUAAAUCAAUUAAAUAAUAAUAUUGUGAAUAAUUUAGAUAAUUUAAACAACGGUGUAAUUUAUAAUAUAAAUGAUUUAAAUAACAUGAAUGUAAAUAAUUUAAGUAACAGAAACAUAAAUAUAAACGACUUAGAUCAAAUUAAUAAUAAGAAAGAUAAAUGUUUAAAUGAAAUAAAAACUGUUAACAUUAGAGAUAUAGGUCAUUCUAAAAAUAAAUGUAAUAUUAAUAAUAAAAAAAAUAAAAAUGGGAAAAAAAAAAAUGCUAAAAAUAUAAAUAUUAGUAUUAAAAAUUCUUUUGCAAAAGAAAAAAAAAAUUCAUUAAAAAAAGAAAAGUUAAAAAAAAUGAAAAUUAAGAAAAAUAUUAAAGAAGAUGUAGAAAAGUUGAAAUUUACUAAAAUUUUAAUUUUUGAUAAUGUUGCUAUUUUAUAUAAAUAUUUUGGAAAUAUAUUUUUAAAAAAGAAAAAGAUAUUACUUCUAAACGAUAAUACUAAAAGAAAAAAUAAUUUAGAAAAUGAAAUGUUUUAUUUAAAUAGCAAUGAAAUGGAUAUUUAUAAUAAUAUAUAUGUUGAUAAUAAAAUAAUCGAAUAUAAGUUACCUUUAAUGAUACAAAAAGAAUAUAUUCUCCUUUUUUUUGAAAAUAUGCAUAAUUAUAAUAUAAAUAAAUAUAUUAAAAAGUUUUAUUUAUAUAUAAAUUACUUAACAUUUUAUUUGAAAGAAUGUAAAAAUUUUGAUAUUUCUUAUUGCAAUAAUUUGUUUUUUCAAAUUUUACCAAUAAUAAUGAAGUCUUUAUUUUAUAUAAAUAAAAAAUUUACAACAAAAUUAAGAAAAAAUUGUUUAUUUGAAAAUAUAAUUCAAAUAGGAAUAGCAGAUAUAAAAAAGUUAUUUUUUCAUGUAACUCCUGGUUUAUUAUUAGAAGAAAAUAACUGUAAAAAAAUAUCAAUGUACAUUUUGUAUUUAGUAAUUAAAAAUUAUAAAAUUGAAUAUGAUGAUCAAGUAAAAAUAUUUGAUAUAUGUUUAGCUUUAUCAAAUACAAAUGAAAAUAAUAUAUUAAAAACAUAUUUAAAAUUUCUUUUAUCAUGUAUGAAUAUAUUUAAUAAUAAAAUUAUUUUAAAUAAUACAAAUAAUUUAAUAAAAAUUCUAAAUGAUAUAUCAUAUAACAAGUCAUUUAGGUUUUUAAUUGAAAAAUUCCUAUUAAAAUUAAAUAGCUCACUAGAAAUAAAUGUAUUAAAAAAUUGUUUAUCAAAAUCAAACAGAAAAAUUUUUAAUAAAUUAAUAAGAAAAAAAAUUGAUAAUGAUAAUAAUGAAAAAAGUAAAAAUAAAAGAAAAGAAAUAGAAAAGAGAAAAAGAAAACUUAACAAUGGUUAUAUAUCUUCUUCAUCAGAAGCUUCAUUAUUAUUAUCUCAUCCUUCAUCUCAUUCUAGCUCAGAUGAAUCCUAUAUAGAAUCUAAUUUAAGUGAUAAUAAAGAUGAUGAUAUUAUGGAGAAAAUGAAAAAACAAGAUAAAAAGAAUAUAACACCUCAUAAAAAGAAGGAAAAAAUUAAAUUAAAUAAUAAACUAAAGAAUAACGUUAAAAAAAAAAAUGAAAAUAAAAACUUAAAGGAUUUUUUUGAAACAUUGAAAAAUUCAAGAGGAGAAAAAGAGACAAAUUACAUAAAAUCUAUUUUAAAACAAAUUUUAACAAAUAAAAAGAAAAAAAGACAAAAUAAAAACUUUAAAUUAAAAUAUAAUCAAAAUGUUAGUAAUAUACUUAACAAUCUACAAAUAUCUAUUUUAAAAAAAUAUAAAAAUUUAGAUUUUUCUUUAACUAAACAAAAAGAAAUAAAUGAUUUAUUUCGUGAACAUUAUUUUAUUAAACAAAAUAAAAAUAAAACAAAAAAAAAUAAAAAAGAAAAUGUUAGUGAUUCCUAUAGUGAAGAUAAUUUUGAAAUAAAUAAUGAAGGAAAAAUAGUUAUACCUUUAGUAGAUUCAUCCUCCUACUUAAAAAUCAAAAAAAAAGAUGAAUUACUUAAUAAAAAAUAUAAUAACUUGAAUGAAAAACAAAAUAUGCAUUCUAAAUUUAAGUUAAAUAGAAAAUCAAAAAAUACUAAGAAAAAAGAUUAUUUUGUUACAGCAGAUAAAAACUUAUAUAAAUCGAAAAAAGGAGAAGGAGAUAUUAUCAAAAAAAAUAAAUUAUUACCAUAUUCUUAUGUAGCUUUAAAACCAAUUAUGACAAAAGAUAAAUUCAGAGCGAAAACAUUAAAUGCUUUUAGAUCCAUUAAAAAUAAUUCCAAAAGAAAAAAUAAAAAAAGACGUUAA